ACAGAUCUUGUUUAUUUUUAACUCGACCAGCAUCGACAAUGGGCGAUAAAGUUGAUAAAGCUAAUUUAAAAAGUCGUUUAACGGCUAUACAAUACCAAGUUACUCAGGAAAAAGCCACGGAAGAACGUUUUUCUGGAUGUUAUGAUAAAACAUAUGAGCCAGGCACUUACGUCUGUAUAGUUUGUGAGCUGCCGUUGUUCAGUUCAGACACAAAAUACGAUAGUUCUUGUGGAUGGCCAGCGUUUAAUGAUGUUUUAGAUGCAGGAAAAGUAAAACUGUUACCUGAUACAACCGACGUCAGAUCAAACCUACUACUUGUUAUUACCCAACCAGGCAAGAUCAGGACCGAAGUGACCUGCUCGCAAUGUGGGUCCCACUUGGGACACGUUUUUGGAGACGGGCCCCCACCAACCAUGAAAAGAUUCUGCAUCAACUCUGCUUCCCUCAAUUUUUUACCAAAAACCGAAGAUUAA